CUCUCGCUCUCUCUCUCAGCAGAAGGGGAAGUGUUGGAAACCCCGGCUUAAGCGCAACAAUUCUCCACCAGACUGAUUGCACUUAUCGUUGAGUCUGUUGACAAAAAAUACAUGAGAGAGAAAUGUGAAUAUCUUUAGUUGCCGCAGUGCUGGGGUAGUCAACAGUAACCAGGAAAGAUGGCGUGGACACAAGCUUCCAUGUUCCUCGCCUUGGCUUUGCUUGGAAUUUUCUUCCUCGGUGUCUCGGUGGAAGGACAACCGCAGGGAGAGCAACAGGAGGAGGAGGAGGAGAAGUCCUGUCAGGGCGCAUUCGACCUCUAUUUUGUUCUGGACAAAUCAGGAAGCGUGAAACAUCACUGGAAGGAGAUCUACAUCUUUGUGAAGCAGCUGGCUGAGAAGUUUAUAAGCCCCAUGCUGAGGAUGUCCUUCAUAGUUUUCUCCACAAAAGGAAAUAUCAUCAUGAAACUGACUGAGAGCAGGGAGGCCAUUACUGAAGGUUUAAGGGCUCUGGACAGUGUUAUCCCUGGAGGAGACACUUUCAUGAACUUAGGCCUAGAGAUGGCUAAUGCACAGAUAUAUCAACAGAACCAUGGGACUGCUAGUGUUAUUAUCGCCCUGACUGAUGGAGAACUGAAUGAGUGGCAGUUUGACACAGCAAGGCGAGAGGCAGACAGGGCAAGGUCUUUGGGUGCCAUCGUUUACUGUGUUGGGGUGAAAGAAUUCAACCAGACCCAACUUGCAACUAUUGCAGACAGCAUGGACCAUGUGUUUCCUGUAUUGGGAGGUUUCCAAGCCCUCAGGGGAAUUAUUGACUCGAUCAUCAAGAAAUCUUGCAUUGAGAUACUGGCAGCUGAGCCAUCCAGCGUAUGUGCAGGAGAGAGUUUCCAGGUGGUUGUUAAAGGCAAUGGUUUCCGCCAUGCAAGAAACAUCAAUGAGGUCCGUUGCAGCUUCAAACUAAAUGAAACACACACUCUGGACGAAAGACCAGCUGGAAUAGAGGAUACCUACCUGCUGUGUCCUGCUCCCGUUGUAGAGGAAGUGGGACGGGUCAUCUAUCUGCAGGUGAGCAUGAACGAGGGCCUCUCCUACAUCACCAGCUCUGUUCACAUCACGACUACUGAAUGCUUUGACGGCACCAUAGUGCUAAUAUCAUUGCUGGUUGUGUUCCUGCUCCUGGCUCUGCUGUUGAUGUGGUGGUUCUGGCCUCUCUGCUGCACUGUGGUAAUCAAAGAGCCUCCUCCACCUCCACCACCAGAGCCAGAUUCAGAUGAAGAUGAUGGGAUGCCCAAGAAGAGGUGGCCCACAGUGGAUGCUUCCUAUUAUGGAGGAAGAGGAGUGGGAGGCAUCAAACGCAUGGAGGUGCGAUGGGGGGAGAAAGGGUCAACUGAGGAAGGUGCUAAGUUGGACAAACCUAAAAAUGCCAUUGUAAAGAUGCCAGAGCAGGAAUAUGAACCAUAUGAGCCCAAGCCUCGAAAACCUCCCCGUCGUCCCCCACAGCAGAAGAAGUGGUAUUCACCUAUUAAGGGGAAGCUUGAUGCUCUGUGGGCUCUGUUCAGAAGAGGUUAUGACCAGGUAUCUCUGAUGAGACCCCAGCCUGGAGACCAGGGUCGCUGUAUUAGUUUUCAGCGAGUCAGAGAUGGAGAGUCCACCCCAAAUCGCCAGGCCUGUCCUCGCACACCUCACCCUCCCUCACCUCCACCUCCCCCGCCAGCUGAAGAGCGACCUCUGGUCGCCAACUCUGUCCCCCGUACAAAGCCUCCAUCAAGAGGGCCUCGCGUCGCACCACCCUCUAUCACCACACCUCCUUCUCGCGCACCUCCUCCCAUAGCCCGAGCCCCUCCAGGUCCACCCCCAACUCGUGCACCCCCUGGGCCCCCAGGACCCCCGCCAUCCCGACCUCCACCCAGGCUGUAAUAAUGAAGAGAGAGGAUGCAAUAAACAACUGAUGUAUCAAGUUUUUCCACAUUAAAAUGUGUCCACUUUUCAGCCCAAAGACUCAAGACAACAGGAAAAUCUAGGCCAGGAACUCUGUGCCUUGUUGCUGAGCAGCAAAAACACUAUCUGAUAAUAUAAUCAGCUACUGAGUUUCACAGCAUUCUUACAUAAAAAAUAUCACCAAGUAUUUACUUGAUUAGGCCCUUUAUGUACAGUGUCGGAUGCCAUGCAUGCAGGUGGCGAGAGUAAGUGCAAUCCUCUCUGGAAAUUCAAUCAAGGGACUUUAGUGGUGUUGAAAGUUAGCUUGUGACAGAUUGUGUGUGAAAAUGUCUAUUAGGAAGAGGUGAAUUAAACACAGCAUGUAAUGAAUGAUAAUAGCAAUGUCAGUUUUGAUGGCCUUUUUUGUUUGUUUUAUACAAACUGACUACAAUUCAUAUGUAAUUGUCCCUUUUCAGCCAAAGAAACUUUUUCAGAAUUCGUUGAAUUUGCCCAUUUUACAACUGCAGGACAGUUUAUCAGUGCUUUAUUUAUUGUAAUAUAGGCCCUCUUUGUUUAGCAUCAGGUAGAUCUGUGGAAUUAAAAUGUUUGAGAAAGGGAUGAGGGCUAAACGGCAGACAUCAGGCUGCGUUCUACUAUGGUAUCUUUUUCAAUUGUGAGCUUAUGAACAUUUGUAUCUUCAGGGUUUUUCUGUAUACUGCAUUAACUGACUGAAAUGAUCAUUUGCAUUAUUUCUUCAACAAUAACUUGAUGUGUCUGUUUUCAAUAAAAGUUUUUUUUUCUA